AUGCUGCACGAGCGGGGCAUCGGCGCCCGCGUCUACGAGGCGGCGCCUGAGAUCAAGCCCAUCGGGGUGGGGAUCAGCCUUCUGCCCCACGCCAGCAAGGAGCUCGGCCUGCUGGGGCUCACCGACGCUCUGAGCGACGUGGCCGUGACCACCAGGGAGUCGUGCUUCUUCAACCGGUUCGGCCAGUUCGUGUACUCCGAGCCGGUCGGCCGCCACGCCGCAGGUGCUCCAGUGGCCUACCUCGACCGGGUGGCCGACGGCGCCGGGCGGGUGCUGCCCGGGCACCGCUGCACCGGAGUUGACUCCGACGCCCGAGGCGCGGUGGCCCACUUCGUCGACUCCAGCACCGGCCGAGCGCUGCCGCCGGCGCGGGGGGCGGCGGUGAUCGGCUGCGACGGGAUCCAUUCGGUGGUGCGACAGCAGUUCUUUCCCGAUGAGGGCCCGCCCGUCUACUCGGGCGUGAACAUGUGGCGGGGCACCACGGUGUGGGAGCCGUUCCUCAGCGGCUCCACUUACUUGCGGGCGGGCUGGCUGACGGUCGGCAAGAUGGUGAUCUACCCGAUCCGCCACAACGUCGACGGGCAGGGCCGCCAGCUCGUCAACUGGGUGGCGGAGGUGCAGACCGACUCCUACAGCGAGCAGGACUGGAACCGCACCGGCCGCCUCGAGGACUUCUACGGCAUCUUCGCCGCCUGGACCUUCGACUGGCUCGACGUCGCCGGGCUCAUCCGGGGCGCGGAGCAGAUCCUCGAGUACCCGAUGGUGGACCGAGAUCCGCUGCCCCGGUGGACCCACGGCCGGGUGACUCUGCUGGGCGACGCCGCCCAUCCCAUGUAUCCGCGAGGCUCCAACGGCGCAGGGCAGGCCAUCCUCGACGCCCGCGCCCUGGCUGACUGCCUGCAGUCGAUGGAGUCAUUUCCCGCGGCGCUGCAGGCCUACGAGAGCCAGCGGCUCGCGGCCACGGCUGCGGUAGUGCACGCCAGCCGGUCCGCGCCCCCCGACGUGAUCCUCAAGGCGGUCCACGAGCGCACCGGUGACCGGCCCUUCGAACAGAUCACCGAUGUGAUCACGCCACCGAGAUGGCCGAGCUGUCCGACAGCUACAAGCGCGUCGCCGGAUAUGACCGCGAGUCGGUGGCCCGCAGUCGGAAUUAGCUCGGUGGGGCGAGGCGUGGUUGGCUAG